AUGCAAAGGAGGGAAAAAUUACAUAAAAUUUUGCGAACUUAUUAUGUUACUAAUUCGAUUUUACUUAAACCAAAGGUUUACCCCCUCUGUCACUUAAAAGGUAAAAGGGAUUUUUUCAUAAAUAAGAAUAGUUAUUCUAUCAUUUCAGGGCUGUUUGAAAGGUCCACAAUAUAUAGUAAUGAUAAGUGUAGUGGCAUCACGAAGGAAAAAAAAGACAAAGAAAAAAAAGAGAACAAGCUAACGCAAAAUCAGAAGACAAUUUUAAAUGGCUCAAAUGCACACAUUCACGAAUCCUUUCAGUUGUGUGCAAAAACUGAAUGUGAUCAGAAUUAUGAAACCCAAACAUACCAAGGAACAGUUUAUGACGACAAUUUGGGGGGGAAGGGCAACAACUCUUUACAGGACCAGACGAAUAUUGCCCCGAAUGCACACACAUGGGUUCUUGUAAAAGAUGGGAACUUAGUUAGAAUGGCUGAUUCAAUGGAACAAAGUAAUAAAAAAAGCUCUAAUGAGAUUGUAAAAGGAGAAGGAAAUGAAAUAAAGAAAAAAAAAAAAACCUCACAAAAUGGUAAGAAGAAAAAGAAAACGGAAAAAUUGAAAGAUUACCAUCUUAAUGAGAAAAGUGGGGAAAAUGGAACAGACUUCAAGAGUGCAUUGACUAGUGGUGAGAAAGAGAAGUGCAGAAGUUUGGAAAAAGGAAAAAAGAGAGAAGGGACACUGAGAGAAAAAAAGCGAAUCCAGAAAGCUGUAAAUCGGUACAACGACAAAUGUGCAAAUCCGUACGACGACGAAACUAAAGAUUGCCUCGCCCCAGUGGAUGAGAAGAAAAAAAAAAAGAAAAAAAAAAAAAAAAAAGAUGACCAAUUGGGAGUGGAAAUAUCAAUCCCCAAGAACCAAACGACACAAGGGAGUAAAUUUUGUGGCUAUGAAAAAGCAACAGAAGUGAAUAUAACAGACAACUGCGUAAAUAGAAAAUUUAAUAAGGAUGAUUAUUUUAAAGAAUUUGAACUUAUAUGUAAGAACAAUAAUAUCAUAAUCGAGAAAUUGAACCAAGUGAAGGAGAUUCCCAUAUUUGUACACAAGCACAUGUCGUCAUUAGAAUUUGGGAAUAUAUAUGCUUAUAACAAUUUUCUGUAUGAAAUUUAUGAUAAAUUUUCAAAUGAAGAUAUUAAAAAAGUGAAAAAAUUAAUGAAGAAUUAUAAUAAAUUGACAAAAAAGAGUGUUAAAAGAAAAAUAAAAUAUUUUGAAUCAUUUUAUGAAAUGUGCCCAAAGGAGUACAACCAUAUAUUGACAUGUUUAUUUAUUCAGUCCAUAGACAUACUAAAGGAUGAAGAUAUUAGAAAUACUUUUUAUUAUGACCAAGUUAUAUGCAAUAAUAAGGAAAAUGAGGAGAAUGACUUUUCCGAAGAGGAUUUUGAUAUUUUGGAGAGAAAUAAUGACAUCCAGAGGGGAAAUGAUUUAGGUCUUUUUUGUGUGGAAAAUGAUAAUGACCUUGAUAAGAACUACAACAUGGAUGAAGAAAAAAAAGGAGAAAAAAACAAUAAUGAGUAUCUGAAACAGAGGCAGUUCAGUGUUAAUAAUAAAACUGUUUACGAAUUGGAUGUUCAUUUUUGUGAAGAAAAGGAAACUGAUGGCACAAGCAACACACAUGAAUUUCAUGAAAAUAAUUUUAUCAUAGUGUACAAUUUACCAAUCAUAAGUUAUGAUCUGCUAAAAGCCGAGUUAAGAGAAACUUUCUCCUUCUGUGGAGAAAUAAAAAACAUGGAAUUUUUUAAUGAUCGCUUAAAAACGGUGGAUAUAAAAGUUCUGAAUAAUGAAACAUUUAAUUCGAAAAAUGUAGGAUCAACUAAAAGUAAAAAGAUAGGAACAAAGCGUAUGGGAGAAAAUAAAGGGGAAAAAAUUAAUCAAGGCAAAUCCAUUGGUGGAAAGAAUUUUAACAAUUCAUUGAACCCAAAUAGCUAUACACAGCUUUAUGGUAUUAUAGAAUUUUUUGACGAAAAAUCCGCAGCUCGAGCUACUAGCGAAUUUUUAAGAAUUUUUGGAAUUUUCUGUUAUAAUAAAUUAAUAUAUGUAGAUAAAUGUGUGAAUAAAAAUAUUAUGAUAAUAACACAUUUGCCAUUUCAUUUGAAUAUAUAUAACAUAUUUUACUUACUAUUAAACGCUUCUUUGUUUAAAAUGAAUAUUGUGAAUAAUAAACAUGAAAGACAUCACAUUUCAAAAUUAUGUUCCUCCAAAGAUGAAAAAUAUCACAAGGAUCUACAAAUUUUCGAAAAUGACAAAACAGGAAUAAAAGUAUAUAAAAGUAAAGAAAUUCAUGGAUAUGUAGGAGGAGAUUCCUGCAGAAUUAUCGCGACAGAUCUUAAUGGUAAAAAUGACAAUAGUGAUAACCAAGUGAAGGAGGAGGUAUUUUAUGAUGAAAACGAGAAAAUAAAAUAUGAACUAGGAAAGAACAAACAAUGGAAAAACCGUGAUAAUCCAAAUGGUGGGGAUGAAAAACAUGGUAAUGACAAAAGUAGAAGAUGCGAAUUUUCCCUACGAAACAGCAACAUAAAAAUGAAAAGCUGCGAUUCUAUCUUUAGUGAGACAGUUUCAUUCAACCAUUUAGAUACAUACGAUUAUAUAUACGAAGUUUCUAGAAAGAAUUUUUUACAAUUUAAGAAAAAAAGUAAUAUCAAAUUGGAAACGUGCACAAACGAUGAUGACAGUACCACAGAGGGAAAAAAUAAGAACUUCGAGUCCUUUGCAGAUUUUUAUCAAAAUCAAAAUAAGAUAAUAAAAAGGAGAAAACUGAAUUUUAAUAACAAUGGAAGAAUAUUAAUUCUGCACUUUGACAGUUUUAAGUAUUUAUACCAUUGCUUGAAGAAGUUUAAAAGUAUUUUUAAAAAUAAAAAUUGCAUGAUUUUUUCAAUGAAUUUGAGAAGAUGCAUAUAUAUGGAUGGCGUAGUUAAGGACUACGUUCAGCUUAAAGGUGGGAAAAAUAGAAGCGCCCUUAAAAAAAUGGACACGUCUUAUACCAUAUGA